AUGUCAUUAACGAUCGAAUCUGCUGUGAGACUCUCAAGUGGGGCUUUCAUGCCUAGAUUAGGAUUUGGAGUUUUUAAAGCUACUGGUAAAGAAUGUGAAGAAUCUGUUAAAGUUGCCGCUGAAGUAGGAUAUAGACAUUUCGAUUCCCCCGUGUUAAAUAAAAAUGAACAAGAAAUGGCACAAGGUUUAGCAUCUACCCGUAUACCUAGAAACAAACUUUUCCUAACUACCAAAUUUUAUCCUUCCGGUCCUCCUCAACCAGCCAAAGAAGUGACGGAUGGUUUACGUACAAGUCUCAAGAAACUUGAUCAAUUCGGUGGGAAAGGUUAUAUAGAUUUAGUUUUGAUUCAUGCUCCUUAUGGUGGUUCUGAAGGUAGAGCUCGACAUUGGGAAGGAUUGGUUAAUGCUCAAAAAGAAGGAUGGGUAAAGGAUAUUGGGGUUUCGAAUUUCGGUGUAAAACAUUUGAAAGAAUUACCAGGUCCUACACCUGCAAUCAACCAAAUCGAACUUCAUCCAUGGUGUCAACAACGUGAUAUCGUUUCUUACUGUCAACAAAACGGUGUCAUAGUCCAAGCUUAUUGUCCUCUGGUCCGAGCGGACAAGAAACGUUUAGAAGAUCCAGUAGUUACCAAGAUCGCAGAAAAGCAUGGGAAACAAGGGUCGCAUGUGAUUUUGAGGUGGAGUUUACAAAAAGGUUUCGUACCUCUUCCUAAAAGUGUCACACCGUCAAGGAUCAAGUCCAACGCUGAUUUAUACGACUUUGUUUUAGAUGAAGAGGAUAUGAAAGAACUUGAUAGUCUAGAUGAAGGUGCUGCAGGAGCUUGCAGUUGGAACCCUGUCAACGAAGAGUGA